CGCGGUCCGCUGCAGUCAGUUGGCCGACCGGAGCUUCAUGGAGGCAGCAGCUAGGCUGUGCCUGCGGCGGCUAUAAGAUGCACACAGCCCGGGCAUUAUGCGACGGAGAGGUACCUGGAAGCUAGCAAAGACCACUGGUUCAGUUCAGCAGAGGGGGCGGGGGGGGAAUUCAGGUUCCCGCAACGCUGAAUAAAAAUGGCCGGAAUAAUCAAAAAGCAAAUUUUGAAACACUUAUCACGGUUCACCAAGAACCUGUCCCCGGACAAGAUCAACCUCAGCACGCUGAAGGGAGAGGGGCAGCUGUCCAACCUGGAGCUCGAUGAGGAGGUUCUGCAAAACAUGCUGGACCUGCCCACCUGGCUCGCUGUCACUCGGGUUUACUGCAACAAGGCCGCCAUCAGGAUACAAUGGACAAAGUUGAAAACAAGCCCCAUCUGUCUGUUCCUGGAUAAGGUGGAGGUAGAAAUGAGGACGUGUGAGGAGCCGCGUCCCCCUAACGGCCCGUCUCCUAUAGCUAUAACAGCGGGCCAGAGCGAGUACGGCUUCGCCGAGAAGGUGGUGGAGGGCAUGUCUGUGAGGAUCAACACCAUCACCAUCAAGGUGCAGGCCCGGGCCUUCCGCGCCUCCUUCGAGCUCUGGCAGCUGCAAGGCAACAGCCUCAACCCCAAGUGGCAGCACAGCGACCUCCGCUACACCCGCGUCACCGACCCGAAGAGAGGAGAGGUGUUGACGUUCAAGGAGAUAAACUGGCAGAGUCUGCGAAUCGAGGCGGACGCCAUUGAAAGUAGCGACCAGGACCUCGGUAGCACGCCGCUACGUCUCAUCACCAACCAGGGACGCAUUCGCAUCGCUCUGAAGCGCAGGAUAAAGGACUGCCACGUGCUGGCAUCCAAGCUGCUCUUCAUCCUGGACGACCUGUUGUGGGUGCUGACGGACUCUCAGCUCAAAGCCAUCAUCCAUUACGCCAAGUCGCUCAGCGAGGCCAUGGAGAAGUCGGCCCAGCAGAGGAAGAGCAGGACCGCUGAAUCCCUUCAGACUGCUCCUCCUUCGCCGGGCCUUCAUAACCUGUGGACAGAGACGCCGCCCGCCCCCACCGGCACCCCCAGCAACAUGAGUCAAUACUUCGACCUCUACGACGUCAAGGAGUCUUCUUACCACACCUUCAUCUCCCGCUUGGACUUACACAUAUGCAACGACAGCUCCUCACCGGAUGACGAUGAGGCUCCUCCACCGGGCUUGCAAGGCGCCAUGCAGCUGACAUUCAGGAAGCUGGGCUUUGACUACUACCCCGUCCACAGACCCGCUGACGGAUGCCGACACUGGGAGCGCCACAGUGGGGCCAUGGAGGCCCAGGCCCAGUGGGCGGGGAAACUGCUGCAGGAGUACCAGAGGAGAACCGAGGCGUUUGGGUUCCCGGGGCCACAAGCCGAGGGACCUCGGUCGGCCACGGAGUCCUCUGCAAAGACAGAUGGACCGCGCAGUCCCAAGCCGAGCCCCAUCGACACCGCUCCCCCAGGGCCGGCGCUGAAGAGGCUGCGAUCCAGCUGCGUGGUGGUCAGGAUGGACGACGUGGACAUCCAUCAGGUGUCUACGAGAGGCCGUCAAAACAAGAAGACCCGCUCGCUGUUAUCCUGCAACCGCAAAGCCAUGCGUUUGCCAGACAACGUACCAGCAGUUCAUCUGCAGUUCACCGAAUACUACUUUCCUGACAACCCAAGUUUUUCAGUGCCCACAUCCAACCUGUACGCCCAGCUGAACAGCCUCCAGCUGUGUGUGGACCCGGCCAGCGUGCUGUGGAUCAACCUGUUUUCCAGAGGUCUGCUGCACACCCUGGACCAGGUCAAAGCUUUCUACCACCUGAAAGACAGCAGCCGGGCAGAGGAGCAUCUGGACGUCCGGAUGGACGCCACUCUGCUCAAGUUAAUAAUCCCCUUGGAUUCUUCCAUACUGGACCACCCGGAGCGCCCGCAGUCCCUCUCUGUCACCGUGCCCCAGAUGGUUCUCAGCAACACCCGCCUCUGCCCUCACAGCUCCAGAGCUGACCUCCGCGCCGCCUACAACCAGUUCGCCAGCCGCCCCUUCUUUCAGCGCACACCUCCCUGCCCCCACCCCAGAGACCAGAGUGCCUUCCACGCCGUGCCGUCCACCUUCCUCCAGCACGCUGAAGAGGCCGAGCCGCGACCCCUGCACGCAAAGCCGCCGCGAUCCCAGGACGUCUGGUCUCUCGGUCUGUCCCGCGUGAGCCUCGGUUUCGACGGAGCUCGGCGAUUCCCCAAAGGCGGCACCCAGCCUUUUGUGGAGCCCUUCGCCAUGUCUGUGUGGAUGUGUCAGCCCUCCUCCUCCUCCUCCUCCUCCUCCUCCAGUCCCAGCGGAGCACACCAGCCUCCCGCAGAGCAGGAAGAGGCAUCGCUGGCCUCUGUCCACUUCUUGGCCCACACCAUCACCCCGGUGAAGAUGUGGCUCAACCACUACCAGUACGUAGCCCUGCUGCGGAUGAAGGACUCCAUGGCUCGGCUGGGGGCGGAGCUGGGUCGGGACCUACGAGACGUGAAGCAGGCUCGCGGUCAGAAGACAAAAGCCCCCACGGUGUGUCUCGCCCUCGCGGUGGACUCCGUGGAAUUGGGUCUCCUGUUGCCCCCCGUGUGCACGGAGGCCGAGGAAGAGGUCCCCCACACGCCGGAGACGGACAGCAUGACGGACUCCGACAUCUCCCCCGCUCAUCGCUCUGCGGCGCCGGGGGACGGCGGCUUGGAGAACGGCAUCUCCUCCCUCGGCGCCGUCCCCGCGGACGAGCGGGAUGGAGCUGUGGAGGAGGCGUGUGAGGCUGUCGAGGAGGGGACCACGCAGGAGGACGCCCCCGUCCUCUCUCCUCCGCCCUCACCCGCACACUCCCCCGUACUCCCCCGCGAACCCUCCAACUUUAGCCUGGAGGGAGAGCUGUCCAGCGCCAUCAGCGUCACCAAGGACGCCACCAAAGAUGCCCUGACUGCGUCGCUGGACCUGACCAAAGGGGCGUUCUCCAUAACGAAGGACGCCUUCAGCAUGCUGAGUCGGGGCUCAGGCAUGAGCAAAUUGUUCGGUACGCAGGCAAAGGAACAGCUCCCGCGCCCAGACGACGCCUCCCCCUCUCUGGCGGCAGGCCUCCGUGGCCAGUCCAUGAAGCAGUCGCCCUCCCAGCAUUCCUUUGACAGCGCCAUCUUGGACGGCAGCCUGCCUGACGAGUAUCUCUCCGUGGACAGCGAUCUCAGUGACAAUUUUGUGAUUCUGACGAUGGACUCAGAGUCGGGCGCCAACAACACUCCUGCGGGCAGCCCGGCGCCUGGCACCGAGGGGGGCUCAUCGGCGGACCUCAGCAGCUCUCUGUCCCAAAGCAUCGAGGACCUGUCCCAGGACACGGCCUCGGUGUUGCUGCUGGUCCUGAGUGGAGCCGCGUGCACCGUGGAGGUGAAGGGAGACGACCAAGUCGUGGCUGUAGAAGCUCAGAAUCUGAGCCCCGUGCAGAUGGGCAACGUCAGGGUGUCGGAGCUGCUGGCUGGCCUCAUACAGGCUCCGAGCGGACCGAUCCCCAAUCGGGACCCACAAGGGGCCGGCGGCCCCCCCGCAGUGUGCCUGAGGGCAGAAAUGGGUCCGUCUGCAGCGCGACACUCUGCCGCGGCCGAGUCUUGUGGCUUUUUGGACGUGAGGGUGCGGGACUGCCGGGCGGAGCUGCUGACCUCCACCGUCACCAACAUCGGGCCCUUUCUGGAGGACGAGUUCAGCGUCGACAGUCAGCCGAUGGCGUUACACAUGAGCAACGUCACCAUCACCGUGAAGGAUGACAGCCCUAAAAUCUACCCCACGGCCCCCCAAGCUGUGCCAGCCUCGUUUGUGCUCGAUCAGCUGCUCCUCGAGCGCGGCGACGACGGCGUCAUGAGGCUCCGAGCUGAGCGUUCAGACCCCCCCGAGGUGGCCGGCUCGCACGACUCCAACCAUUCUUGCUGUGAUCAGAAGCAGCGCGAGAGACGAACCCUGGAGACCCGGCUCUCCGACGCCGAGGCUGCUCUCACCCGGGCCCUCAGCGACCGAGAGCGCCUCCUCCUGGAGGUCCGGAAGCACGAACCCGGGUUCACUCUCUGAGACCUCUGGAACCGCUGCGUCACUGCUGCUGCCCGGGGGGGGGU